AUGCAUGCACAGUUAGAAUUCAAACUACCAAAUGAAACAGAAACACGACGAGCAGUAUUGCAUCCAUAUUCAAUCAAAGAUGCAUCCCCAUACUUAGAUGAAAAUAAAGGAGCGGCAUACUUUGUACCACAUGGAUAUCAGCCGAUCUUGGUGCCACAAAAUGAUGAAGAUGCAACAAUUCAAGCUUUACUGGAUCUGGCAGUGCCGACAGUACAAGCAGUGAAAGUGCAAAUACCAUUACGGCAAACGCUAUUACCACACUAUAUUAUUAAACCAUGCAAGAAAUCGAAAACAGUGAAACCAAUACGGCCACCACGGCCUCCAAAUGCAUUUAUUUUAUAUAGACAAAAUCAACAAGCACAUAUUCUUCGGCAAAAUGCCAAUUUAUGCAAUAAUGAUGUAUCACGGAUUAUUGGGAACAUGUGGAACGGGGAAUCACCACUUAUUAAGCAGCGGUUUCAUCUACUUGCACAAAAAAUGAAAGAACAACAUCGUGCAAUGUAUCCAAUGUAUCGGUAUUGCCCUCGAAAGGCCUCAGAACGUAAAAAAAAGGUUAAAACAAAAGUACCACAAGAACAAACGGCGUUUAAAACAAUGCAGCCAGAGCAGCAACUAACAACGCCAACAAUAAUUCAACCACCGCAAUGGGACCAUAACAUAGAAACGGAAGAAACAUUGCUAAAUACACAGAACUUAGCGCUAGGGACAACUGCAUUAGAUAUAAACGAGUUCACAACAGCCCCACUGUGGGUAUGA